AUGGAGAUGGUGAUACUUGAUGUGUUAAUAAUAGGAGGUGGGCCUCAUGCCUUGACCUUGACUAGCUUGCUGUGCAACCCUGACCCAAACUCAAAUUCUGGGCAGGACUCACCCCCUUCCCCCUUCUGCUUGGACCCUCCAAAACUUCAGUCAAUCCCAGAAAAAUCCAACAACAAAAGACACAGUGGCAAGAGGAAGAGGAGGGUAACAACUGGUCUGCUGCUGCAGGAACAACUAGCAAAGUCAACGAUUUCAGAGAGGGUCAUUUGCCCACCGCUCAGUGUCCGAGUGGUGGAUUCCUACGGAGAGUGGACGGCUUUGUGGGAGAGCCAAUUCACGGCUCUAAACAUCCCUCAUCUGCGCUCACACACACUGGUGCAUACAGACCCUCUCAACAAGAAAGCACUGCAGGAGUUUGUUUUAAAGCAUGACCGUUCAGUGGAGCUUCACAGUCUUCCAGACCAGAUUUACAUUUUGGAUGAAAACGCUUUCUUCAAUGACAUGCGACUCGGCAAGAAAGAGAAGAAACGUCUAAACAUCACCUCAACACUCAAGAAGAGUUUGUCCUUCAGUCUGCCAGGAACCAAACUAAGUGUGGAUUUCUUUAAAGAUCAGGUGGAGAGAUACAACUUGGACAAAGUGCUCAUGAAAGGAACAGUGGCGCACAUCAGACCUGUGAUUGAAGACAAGGACAGGGGCAAAGAAGAGAGUGGCUGUAUGAAGGAGGACGAAACAAACAAUGUUGCCAUGAGAGUGACUGAUAGAAAUGGAGAUAGGGCGAGGAAGAGGGUAAAAUAUUUUGAAGUCCAACUUCAAGAAGGGGUCAUCCUAAAAGCCCACCAGGUUGUUAUGGCAACAGGUCCAACUCGUGCCCAGAUGGCAAACAUCCCUUCAUGGGUAACAAGUAUUGGAGAGAGCUACCCAGAGGAGCGCUUGCAGCACACUGUGCACCUCAUGCACCAUUUACCAAUUGCUCAGCAAAACCUUAAAGAAUCUGAUUUGUGUGAGGCAGGGCAGAGAGUAAUGGUAGUUGGUGGAGGUCUGACCAGCGCUCAUGUCGUCUCCAUUGCCCUGCAGCAAGGUGCCAGUCAUGUGACAUGGGUCAUGAGGAAGCACCUCCAGUUGAAGCAGUUUGAUGUGGGCGAUGUGGAAAGCCUGGUGGGCCGUUAUUCCCACGUGGAGCAUGGCAUCAAAAUGGAUGGCCAAGCCUACCUGAGACAGUUCUACAAUGAAAGGAGUCUUCACAAACGGCUGGCUAUGAUUCGACAGGCAAGGAAAGGAGGAGCUGUCACCCCAGAGGCCUACAUCCACCUGAAGCCAUUCAUACUGAAAGGGCAGGUGGAUGUGAAGACAUACUGUCAGGUGAAUGAAGCGAGCUGGUGCUACAGGAGCCAGGUCUGGAGUCUCUCCCUCAGCACUGGGCACCAGUGGACUGGAGAUAUGAUCUGGCUCGCUACUGGGUGCAAACUUGAUGUCAAACAGGACCCUUUGCUUUCAGAGGUGAUGAGGGAAUUCCCCAUUCAGGUGAUAGAUGGUUGGCCGUGCAUAUCAGAAAGCUUACAGUGGGCAGAAGGAUGCCCUCUCUAUCUGAUGGGGCAGUACACUGCUCUUCAGGUUGGACCUCACGCAAUAAACCUGGCUGGCGGUCAGGCAGCCAGUAUGAGAAUCGCCAAGGACAUUGUGCUUCGUCAGCAACAGACUAAUGUAGAGGUGUCUGAGCUAAGUGGUGGGAAAUCUAAAACUGAAGAAUAUAUUCAACAAAUGCAAGGCUUACUGUGGCUUUAAUUUUACCAUUUAGCUCGAGGAACUCAAAUGCACAUGUGUGUGUGCCAUCAUCUAUUCCUGAUCUAAUGGGACUUAUGAUUUGACGGUGAAUAAAUGCUGUGAAACUGACUCAUUUGGGGAAGUAUGCCA